AUGAAGGAUUAUUAUGGAUUCGCUGUGCUUACUACUUUAUUGAUUUUUUUAAUCAAACUACUUAUUUUUACUGGUAAAGUGUACCUGAAAAACUACAAUAUGGAUCCAAGUAAUAUAAUUGUGAAUGAUACUGUAUCAGAUCACUUAUAUCCAGCUCUAUUUCAGUGUUUUACUAUAAUUAUUUGUGGAUAUGUAGCUGGACGGCUGAAUGUUGUCUCUAAAUCAGAGUCAAAGGGUAUAUCCACAUUUGUUGGUACAUUUGCAUUACCAUCUCUAAUUUUUCUAUCCUUGGCUCGCUUGGACUUCAGUAUGGUGAAUUGGACAUUCUUGUGUGCAAUACUACUAGCAAAAGGACUAGUAUUUUUUGCAGUUGUAAUAGUAACUUUACUAGUUUCUAAACCAAUGCAUCUUGGACAGGCAGGAAUAUUUGCCAUAUUUUGCACACAAAGUAAUGACUUUGCAUUGGGGUUUCCUAUAAUAAAUGCUAUUUAUGAAAAGACUCAUCCAGAAUAUGCUCUUUAUCUAUAUUUGAUGGCUCCUAUUUCACUCGCUGUACUCAACCCAGUUGCAUUUGUAUUAAUGGAAAUCAAUAAACAAAGAGAAAAUCCACAUUCAGUUAACAGUGGUCAGCGCCUCCAUAAAUUAAAGAUGUUUCUACAACUAUUACAAGGAAUCAUCUUCAAUCCAGUUUUGGUUAUGACCAUUCUGGGUAUACUUGGUAAUAUUGUUUUUAAACAUCAACUGUCUGUUUACAUUGAGGGUUUAUUGGAAGUGUUUGGUCAAUCUUUCUCAGCUGCAGCACUGUUUUUGCUUGGAUUACGUAUGGUUGGUCAAAUUACAAGACUUAGGGGCCCAGCACUUUUACUUCCAUGUGUAUUAAUUAUGGUGAAAUUGAUUGUUUUGCCAGUUGUGAUGAGAGAAUUUGUCAGUGCAUUGGAUGCUGGUAAUAAUGUAUCUGAAACGCAAUCUUUAUCUACAUAUGCCUUUUUGUAUGGAACUAUACCCACAGCACCUGCUGUGUUUGUGUUCUCGAAUCUUUACAAUCUUGAAAUAGAUUUGAUGGCCUCGUCAAUGGUGAUAUGCACUUUCGUAUCAGCACCCAUAACGUUCUUGUCAGCUGAAGUUAUAUCUAUUAACCAGGACUUUGCAGAUCAAAUUAAGAAGUUUGGAUUCGAACUCUCCAUAGUUGCUUUGAUAGCAGGUUUAUGGGUGUUCCUCGUCUUUACUGUAACCAGGAAGUUUAAGAGAAUACCACAUAAAUUAACCCUAUGCCUCAAUAUUUCUCAGAUUUUAUUAGCUUCUAGUGUGAUUUGGGGUGGGCCACUAAAUAACUAUCCACCGUCUUUAGAGUUAACCCUUCAACAAGCUUUGCAAAUAUUUAGCACUUAUUCCUGUUUCCUUUGGACCUCUAUGCUGACCAUUGGCUUACUAAUGUUAGAAAGUCGGGGUCCGUGUUUUGUAACGACACUGUGGCCGGUGUUAUGUUUCGUGGCGUGGGGCGCUCCGGCGGUGAUGGUGGGCGUGCUCCUGGCUACUAAGACCUCUGGCUACAUCAACACCGACGCCUCCGAUGCGAUACGACUAAGUGUACUCUUCUUUUGUAUAACAUUGACUACAGGAUGCCUCAUCCUGUACGUUAGGUUCCGUAGACGCAGUGCGCAAUUUGCGCAACUAUCGGAAGAGAUAGCCCACACCUCCCCCCAAGACGAAUCUUCCAGCCUCGUCGAAAACGCCGAACCGACUUCACAAACGCAGAGCUUAUCUAAUUUUGGAUUAGAGGAUCCAGGUUGUUAUGGAACUAUAACGACGACACCUUCGCCUAACAGAAACGGAAACUGUUGUUCAAACGACCCGAACUGCAACAAUGGACUGGCCACUAGUCCGUCUCGGGAUAUCGAAGAUAUGGUCAACAAUGAAAGAGACUGCGCAUGUCCUCCAUCACAGAAUGUCAAAUGUAACAACACAGACGGCACCUGCCCCUACUUAAACGAACUGGACCGCGCGGCCGGCCGCCUCGGGCUGUUGCCCCCGGAGCAGAGCAGGGGUCGCGGAGGGCAAUUACUGAAACAUACUGUGUUGAUUAUUGCAUACAGUCUUGCUAUGUUUUUGGAUUUGACUUAUAUGGCUUGGAAGAUUUUACGUAAAGAUCAAGCUGGGGUGUUUAUAGAAAUACAGUUUCUAGACACGGCCGCCAGCUGCGGACAGACUUUGAUCAUGUUUAUUCUAUUUGGACUCGAUCCUGAUGAAAUAAUUAUACCUGCGAUUAGAUAUUUCAAGAAUAAAUGGCAUGGAACGGACACAUUGGUGUUGCCACCAAUAGAUGAUUUAAGUUUCGAAACGAAGCACGUGUGUGACCAGUUUAUUACGCAUCAUCUCGAACGAUGCAAGGCGGCUAUAGCUAAAGAUACCAGAUGGCGCAUGCGCACGUACCGCGCGUCGUUCCGCGGCGCGAGCCUCGUGCGCUGGCUGGUGCAGUGCGGGCUGGCGGCCGACGCGCACGAGGCGGUGGCGUACGCGCGCCACUUGCUCGACGGCCGCCUCAUCGCGCACGUCAACAACGCGCACCACUUCACCGACUCGCCGCUGCUCUACACGUUCAAA